CAGCUAAAAUUUUUCCAGAAAUCGCUGUCAAUUCUGUUUCCCUCUCUGAAAUUCUUCGCAUUGUGGUUCAGAUUUCUAUCGCAAUGCACCUAAACAGAUACAUGCAAAACAUUUUGCGGCAAAUUUCGCGCUAGAUCCUUUUUUGGUAUUGAUUCCUCACUGUGAAGCUUCGCGGUUCCAACAACACCGUUCAGAUGGAAGAGACGAAAAAUGGUGCAACGAUUGAUGCCUCUGCAAUAAUUUUGAGCAUUGAUGAGUUCAAGGGUGACUUUUCAUUUGAUGUACUGUUCCGGAAGUUAGUAAAUCAGUUCUUACCAUCGUGUUUAGAAGAAAUAGAUGCUUCUGAAAAAGCUAGUGUAAAUGAUGUUAUGCCACGUGGUCAUACGCGAACGCAUUCAGAAGCUGCGAAAUUCUCGGUAGGAAUAUCAAGUCCGUUGUUUCCCGAAGUAGAUGCUCUGUUAUCUCUAUUCAAGAAUUCGGGUAUGCAGUUGAUUGAUCUUAGAAAGAAGAUUGAUGGGAAACUCAACAAUCUCAAGAAGGAAGUAGCAAGUCAAGAUUUUAAGCACCGUAAGACACUUUCUGAGCUCGAAAAACGUGUUGAGGUCCUGUUCGAUAGUUUUGCAAGGUUGGAUUCCCGCAUAUCGAGCGUUGGCCAAACUGCUGCUAAGAUUGGGGACCAUCUUCAGAGUGCAGACACCCAGAGAGAAAAUGCCACUCAAACAAUAGAUCAUAUCAAGUACCUGAUGGAGUUUAACAGCAGUCCUGGUGACCUAAUGGAACUCUCACCUUUAUUCUCAGAUGAUAGCCGGGUAUCUGAGGCUGCAUCAAUUGCUCAAAAAUUGAGAUCAUUUGCCGAAGAAGAUCCUGGAAGACAAGCCAUGACUGUCUCAGGAAAUGCAACAGCAAGCAAAGGAUUGGAAGUUGCAGUUGGUAAUCUCCAGGAAUAUUGCAAUGAACUGGAAAACAAAUUGCUGUCCAGAUUUGAUGUAGCCACGCAGAAAAAGGAUCUGUGUUCAAUGGCACAAUGUGCAAUUAUUUUGUUGCAGUUCAACAGGGGUACUAGUGUUAUGCAACAUUAUGUGGGGUUACGUCCAAUGUUUGAUUUGGAGGUCAUGAAUGCUGAUGUCCAAGUGGUUCUUGGUGACUCUGGAUCUCAACCCAUUCCUAGCAAUGUUGGGCAAGGGCUCUCUUCAUUGUACAAAGAAAUUACUGAUACUGUAAAGAAAGAAGCAGAAACCAUAACAGCAGUAUUUCCUUACCCCAAUGAUGUCAUGUCGAUAUUGGUUCAGCGUGUCCUGGAAGACCGAGUUCCUAAUCUUCUUGAGAAGCUAUUGCUGAAACCAUCUCUUGUUAAUCUACCUUCCAAGGAAGAAGGAGGGCUUAUAUUAUAUCUGAGAAUGCUAGCAGUGUCAUAUGAGAAAACGCUCGAACUUUCUAAGGACUUGCAUAGCGUGGGAUGUGGUGACUUGGAUGUUGAAGGCUUGACUGAGUCACUUUUUCUUCCCCACAAAGAUACAUAUAUAGAUUAUGAAAAGGUUUCUCUUAGGCUACUCUAUAAGGCAAAGAUGGAGGAACUAGGAAUUGAGUCCUCGUCCUCUGAAUCAAAGGGCACAAUUGGGCGUUCCAAGGGAGCAUCCAUUGCAUCUUCUCAACACCAGAUAUCUGUCACCAUUGUUACAGACUUUGUACACUGGAACGAAGAAGCCAUAUCCAGAUGUACUUUAUUUUCAACACAGGAAACUAUUCUUGCAGCUAACGUUCGGCUCGUUUUCACAUGCCUCUUGAAGCAGGUAGGUCAAUAUAUAACAGAAGGCCUUGAAAGAGCGAGAGAAAGCCUGGCUGAUGCUGCAGCAUCUAGAGAACGGUUUGUUCUAGGAACUAGUGUGGGUCGAAGAGUUGCAGGAGCCACAUCUAUAGGAGAAACUGCUGCUGCAGCUGGAGAAAGUGGUUUUAAAACUUUUAUGCUUGCUCUACAGCAGUGCGGAAGUAGUGUGGUUGUUCUUCAACAAUUUUUUGCGAACUCCGUUUCUCAAAUCUUACUGCCUGUGGAGGGUGCACAUGCUGCAGCCUGUGAAGAAAUGGCAUCAGCAAUGUCCAGUGCAGAAGCUGCUGCCUACAAGGGGCUCCAGCUGUGCAUUGAAACAGUGAUGGCUGAGGUUGAUCGUCUGCAAUCAGCUGAACAGAAAGCUGCAGAUUUCCGAUCAUCUGACGAUGGCAUUAGUCCGGAGCAGCGACCAACAAAUGCUUGCACUAGAGUUAUUGCCUAUCUAUCCCGGGUACUUGAGUCUGCUUUCACAGCUCUUGAUGGUUUGAACAAACAGGCAUUCCUCACUGAACUGGGAAAUCGCUUGCACAAGUUGGUAAUGAGUCAUUGGGAAAAGUUCACUUUCAACUGGAGUGGAGGACUGCAGCUCAAGCGUGACAUAUCGGAGUAUGCAGACUUCAUUCGGUGUUUCAAUGCUCCUACAGUAGAUGAGAAAUUCGAGCUGUUGGGCAUCCUAGCGAACGUGUUUAUUGUCGCUCCUGAAAGUAUUUCGUCGCUGUUUGAAGGAACCCCAAGUAUAAAAACAGAUGCAAAAAGGUUUAUUCAGCUCAGAGACGAUUACAAGAGUGCAAAGCUGGCAACUAAACUCAGUUCUCUGUGGUAGCCACCUCUAAUCAAUGCAGAAAUAGGGUCUAUCGUUUUUAUAUUUAAAGCUAUGAUUGUGUGAUUCAUUGGUGAUAACAAAUUGAUUAUUCACACAUAUUAACAUGUUGAAUACGAACUAUGCGAAAGCGGAAAGGUGUUCGUGUUCAUGUUCAUGUGUUUUGAUGAAUUCCAAAGUAGGGUUUGAUCGUCUUCC